CAGCCGUCUGUCUUGACGGCCCCAGAUCGCUCGCUCAAUAGUCAACUCAUCACCGUUUCUCUGGCUCCGGUCACUUCCUUCACCGCCGGCGGCAACAUCUCGGCACCUCAUCAUUCCGACUUCUCUCAUGCCUACACUUCCGACGAUAUCCCACCACCUGUCUUCUGCUUCCUUCCCACUGAAGAAGCUCCAACGCCUCUCUCCCGCUACGAUUUCUCACGCACAAUAUCCUUAUUCUGGUCCAUCUUUCCUGAAGCUCAGAGGUCAAAGGUUUCUGAGCCGCAAUGGGAUUCUUAUGCGAGCAGAGGAUAAGGCACAAGGCCAAGGAUCAUCCUCGUCUCAACGGGAUCCUUCACCCAAUACGGAGAAUCAGAUUCAGGAUCUGACUCAAUCUUCAGUUGACGAUACGAGCUCGAAAGAUUUUGAAGCAGCUUACCAACCAAAGACUGAUUUAGUGAAAGCACUAGCAAUUGGUGCUGCUACGGCAAUUGGUGCAGCUGCAAUUAAUCAUUCAUGGAUUGCUGCUAAUCAGAAUGUGGCAAUGGCACUGUUGUUUGCAAUAGGAUACACAGGCAUCAUCUUUGAAGAAUCACUUUCAUUCAAUAAAAGUGGGGUUGGUUUAUUGAUGGCUGUGAGUUUGUGGUUUGUUAGAAGCAUCGGUGCUCCUUCUACUGAUAUAGCUGUUUCGGAGUUAUCGCAUGCAACUUCUGAAGUGAGCGAGAUUGUGUUUUUCUUGCUUGGUGCAAUGACCAUUGUUGAGAUAGUUGAUGCUCAUCAAGGAUUUAAGCUGGUUACUGACAACAUAACCACCAGAAAGCCAAAGACUCUUCUUUGGGUGGUUGGUUUUAUGACAUUCUUGCUGAGUUCAGUCCUCGACAACCUUACCUCUACCAUUGUUAUGGUCUCCUUAUUGCGGAAGCUAGUACCUCCAUCAGAAUAUCGCAAGUUUCUAGGUGCUGUUGUUGUAAUAGCCGCGAAUGCUGGUGGAGCAUGGACUCCUAUUGGCGAUGUUACUACUACUAUGUUGUGGAUACAUGGUCAAAUAUCCACACUGCCGACAAUGAAGGACUUGGUUAUUCCGUCUGUUGUAUCAUUGGCUGUGCCAUUGACACUAAUGUCAUUCACGAGUGAAGUUAAUGGGAAAGGAUUGGAAACAUCGGAUCUUUUGUCAUCUGAACGAAUGGCCCCAAGAGGAAAGCUAGUAUUUGCUGUUGGUGUAGGUGCAUUGAUAUUCGUCCCCAUUUUUAAAUCUUUAACGGGGUUGCCCCCAUUCAUGGGUAUACUGCUAGGACUUGGUUUUCUUUGGAUUCUAACUGACGCUAUUCACUACGGAGAACCCGAAAGGCAGAAAUUGAAGGUGCCACAAGCAUUAUCCCGCAUCGAUACUCAAGGAGUUCUUUUCUUCCUCGGGAUUCUGUUGUCUGUCAGCAGUCUGGAGGCAGCUGGGAUACUGAGGGAAUUGGCGAAUUAUCUUGAUGCACAUAUACACAACACUGAAUUGAUAGCAAGUGCAAUAGGAGUGGUUUCAGCUGUUAUAGACAAUGUUCCGUUAGUUGCAGCAACAAUGGGGAUGUAUGAUCUCAUUUCCUUCCCUCAGGACUCGGAGUUCUGGCAGUUGGUUGCAUAUUGUGCUGGAACUGGCGGUUCCAUGCUUAUAAUAGGUUCGGCUGCUGGAGUUGCUUAUAUGGGUAUGGAGAAGGUCGAUUUCUUUUGGUACUUGAAAAAGGUAAGUGGCUUCGCAGUUGCGGGUUAUGGUGCAGGAAUUGCUGCAUACUUGGCUGUUCAUAAUCUUUCUCACAUUGAUAUGCCUGCAGUUAUAGCCCAGGUUCCUUACCAUUUUGGGUCAUAGAUUCUAACACAUAUUUAUAUACAGAUGAUAGAUAGUGAGAUAUGAAGAAAGAAAAGAGGGUCCCUUCAAAUAAAGAUUAUGGGAAAUGCUCAGAAUUAGGACUCAGGAACAUGAUCAAUUUUGAUCUGAUUAUUUUCACUUGUUGAUGGAAAUAAUGGGCAUGAGUGUUUUUGUU